GGCGCGCUAACGGCGGCGUUACGUUUCUCCGCACACAAGCGAUUUCCACCCACCAGAAAGUUCGUCUUUGCAGUCGCUGACAGCAUCACGAAUCCGCCAGUCACGCCCAGAUCGUAAUUACCGCCAAAAUGCCUCCCAAGCAGAAGGUUGCCCGCGCUCCUCAGGAGAACAUCCAGCUCGGACCCCAGGUCCGCGAGGGUGAACUCGUCUUCGGUGUUGCCCGUAUCUUUGCCUCGUUCAAUGACACCUUCGUCCACAUCACCGAUCUGUCUGGCCGCGAAACCAUCUCCCGUGUCACCGGUGGCAUGAAGGUCAAGGCCGACCGUGACGAGAGCUCUCCCUACGCCGCCAUGUUGGCAGCCCAGGAUGUCGCCGCUCGCUGCAAGGAACUCGGAAUCACCGCUCUCCACGUCAAGAUCCGAGCUACUGGUGGUAACGGUACCAAGACUCCCGGCCCCGGUGCCCAGUCUGCUCUCCGCGCUCUUGCCCGUGCUGGCAUGCGCAUCGGACGUAUCGAGGAUGUCACCCCUACCCCAUCCGACUCGACCAGGAGAAAGGGUGGUCGCCGUGGUCGUCGUCUCUGAGCGUAUGCGCAAAAGUGGCUCUCAGUGGUGGAAUAUGGCAUGGCAUGGUUUGCACGAUUUAUGGUUUCAUGACCACAAUAAAGUCGCGGGGAACGGCGAAUCUGCCUGGUCUCCAUGUUGAACUUGGCUUCUCGUGUGAGA